UUUUGGGGCGUGGGCCCAGCCAACCCGAAACUGCAAAUUAGCCAUGUCCCUGGAGUAAGUGAAAAGUGGGAAAAAUCAUGGAGUCUUCCAGCAAAUCCUGGCUGCUGUGCAGCAUUCUCCUGAUCCUGGCCAUCACUUUGGGUACGUACUUUGGGCUGCGAAGGGAAGGACUGGGAGACUGCCCCGCCCCUUUCGGGCUGGGGCGGUUAUGUAAUAAAGAAGUAAAAAAAUACCGAGAGGACCCUAACAACUUUGUUAACUUUGCUAACCGUUUCUUAGUCCCCGCAAAAAAAAACAAAAAAGAAAAACUAUCUCUCUAUUUCUCUUCUCCUAGCUAGCUUACGAUUUUACAGCAAUGAUUUGAUUUUUUUCUUAAAUUUACGCUUUGCGCUGGCAGCGCCGCCUUAACAAGUUCUCCAAGCUCUCAUCGCCAACCACCAAGAACCAAGAACCAACUACCACCGGCCCUUCAGCUCCUGGCAUCCAACGUUUUGUGUAUAUAGCUUAGCCACACUACCCCCCAAAUGAACAACAACAACAACAGUACUGGGAUAUAGUAGCCUUAUAUCCAGUAGACCAGCAACAACAACCAGAACAACCGCCACACAAAUCUCAACUUGCGAUUGCCCGAUAAAAAUGAGACUUGGAGAAUCUGCCAAAGCGUCGCUGCUGCAGCGCUGCAAACGAAAAAAAAAAUACCGAAAUUAUAACCGAAUCACAACUGCGCUAGUCAUCAACUCUUUGUAAACUAUAUAUAUAUAUUCCGUAAUCUCAAGUAGAACUCCUCAUAGCACGACCCCGCAUUCAGUCAAGUGCCGUCCCACAGACUAGAUCUUCUGCCAUAGCUAUAUCUUCUAUCUAUAUAUAGAUUCACUUAACCUUAGCUUAGCUCUAGCUAUCUCUCUCUCGCUCUCGCUCUCUCUGUCUCUUUCGCUCCCGCUCUACGACUCUCUCGAAUCCAAUGCUCGACAACUGUAAACUUCUGUACCUGAACCAAACUAUCAAACCAUACUUCCAGUACACCUGCAUACUCGUCUUACUCUAUGAAUAUUUUACUUAUAUAUAUGAUUCCCCAGCUAUAAUCGCUUUUGUAAUUAAACCUUUCUCCAGAGUCCCCUCUGCAUCUCUCUCGCUCGCUCUCUCUCUAUUUGACUCUCUAUCACUCUGUCUCUGUCCAACCCCCAAAUAAAAAAUAUAUCCCUGACUGUGUAUCUACGAAAAGCGUGGUAGCCAAGGUCCUUGAGGGACCCGCAGGAUGGGUGGUGGCAUACUACAUCCCGAACGACCACCGCAACCGAAAUGAACAGCAACCGAAAAGAAACAGAAAAUGCAAAUCAUACGAAAAUGCAAUGAACUGAACCAACAAUGCAUACAUAUAUAUAUAUAUACGUGUAUAUAAAGAUUUCUGUAUCAACUGCCGAAUCUUAAUUCAUACUCCUUCUCUUCUGAGCAGUCCAAGAAGUAACGAAAAGAAAAGCAAAUAGAAAUUGUAGUCGAAAUUCGCAUAGACAGAACCCCCCAUUCAGGCUUAGAGUUAUAUAUGCUAUAUAAGAAAAAAACAAACAUUAGUAUAUUCACUCACCCGCAUACAAACACACCGACACACACACACACACAGAGUCAUUCGCUUAGUAUCAUCAUCAUAUGUACCCACCCCAAAAAUCAUAUCGUUCACCUAGCGUAAAGUGCAACUCCAAAAAAACGAGUUUCGAAAGUCAUGCACCCACACUGUAGCAGAAGUUUGUGCUCCAUAUAUGAGACCGCACACACACACUCGAAAGACAAGGAUAACCCGGUCACACACACAUGCAGCGAAGAGUAUGGGCCCCAGCAUCCCUGAGCUUUUCACGCUCCCUUCCUUCCGCUCUCUCUUGCUCUCUCCCUCUCUCGAAGGACACCGCGUGGAGCUUUUCCGGAUAAAGUUCGCUCAGCUGUCAAACAGAAAGGAAAACAACUGUAACCAGGGACUAUGGCCAUCUCAGUCCCUCGUAGAGUAUAGAAGAAGAGAAACUCCCGUUAGGUUCCUAGAACGUCCCUGUUCGGGCGCCACUUAAAGUGUUGCACUUUGUUAAGCACAAGUUACCGAAUAGCUAGCUCUAUAGCCUUGCUACCGUAGUACUUUUUUGAGCCAGGACUCUGCUCUAGGACUGUAAGAACCACGAGGCACUCGCAUUAAACCAUCCACCAUGCGGGGGGCGGGGGUCCCAAGGACCUCUUCCCCUGCCCAUAGUUCUUGUUUAAUGGAAGUGCCUCCCAUGCGGCGUAUACUCAACGUAGGCCAGAACAACAGCAACAACAUCAACAGUGCCACGUGCACACCACCACCACCACAACAGACACCCACCUGCACCACCCAAAAAUAAUAAUACAGCCACAGAUAAAUAAACCACAAUCGAGCGGUUCUCAUGUGUCGUCCAUUUUAGUUUUACUUUCCCAAUCAAAAUUCCAAAAUGAUGCUGAAGUUGAAGACGAAGAAUCGGUUUAUAAUGUCUGAAAAUGCCUCUGUCCUAUCUGUCUAUCUCUCUCAGUCUCUCUCUUUCACUCUUCCUCUCUCUCUCUCUCUCUGUCUCUUGCUCUGUCUCUGUCUAACUCUAUCUGUCUAUAAGCUAAAUCAUCCCAAGAGCCCAUUCAAAAUAAAAUCUAAAAAAAAGAACAACAUGAAAAACUUAAACAAAGAAUACAACAACUUUGCUCAUCCGUUCGUUUCUUUGUUUCUCUGUAUUUUCUUUCAUUUCUUUUGCCUUUUGGAACCCCAUGCGUUAUUUGUGUGCCCAAACAUUAUGUUCUGAUUAAACCUAUAUCCCCCGAUCCCCGAUUCCCGAAUGUUUGUGUACUCUCUUGCGUUCUUUUGCUUUCGCUUCCGUUUCCGUUUUCCGUUGUGUUUUUUAGUCAGUGCAUCCGAAGAUGAAGAGCGCUUGGUGCGUGACCUCUUUCGAGGCUACAAUAAACUCAUACGACCCGUACAGAAUAUGACACAAAAAGUUGGAGUAAGAUUUGGUUUGGCGUUCGUACAGCUAAUCAAUGUCAAUGAGAAAAAUCAAAUUAUGAAAUCAAACGUUUGGUUACGUUUGGUUUGGUACGACUACCAGCUGCAGUGGGAUGAGGCCGACUACGGCGGCAUCGGGGUUUUGCGUCUGCCCCCCGACAAGGUUUGGAAGCCGGACAUAGUGCUCUUCAAUAAUGCCGAUGGCAACUACGAGGUGCGCUACAAGUCCAACGUGCUGAUCUAUCCAACGGGAGAGGUUCUCUGGGUUCCUCCGGCCAUUUACCAGAGCUCCUGCACCAUCGAUGUGACCUACUUCCCCUUCGAUCAGCAGACCUGCAUCAUGAAGUUCGGAUCGUGGACCUUUAAUGGGGAUCAGGUGUCUCUGGCCCUGUACAACAACAAGAACUUUGUGGAUCUAUCGGAUUACUGGAAGUCGGGCACCUGGGACAUUAUAGAGGUACCUGCCUAUCUGAACGUCUACGAGGGCGACAGCAACCAUCCCACGGAAACUGACAUCACUUUCUACAUCAUCAUCCGGCGGAAGACUCUCUUCUACACCGUGAAUUUGAUUCUGCCCACUGUGCUCAUUUCGUUCCUCUGCGUUUUGGUAUUUUACCUGCCAGCCGAGGCCGGCGAAAAGGUUACGCUCGGAAUUAGCAUUUUGCUGUCACUGGUUGUGUUCCUGCUGCUGGUGUCAAAGAUUCUGCCGCCGACGUCGCUGGUGCUGCCGCUGAUCGCCAAGUAUCUGCUGUUCACCUUCAUUAUGAACACGGUGUCCAUCCUGGUGACCGUGAUCAUCAUCAACUGGAACUUCCGGGGGCCGCGCACCCACCGCAUGCCCAUGUACAUCCGCUCCAUCUUCCUGCACUACCUGCCCGCCUUCCUCUUCAUGAAGCGCCCCCGGAAGACCCGCCUGCGCUGGAUGAUGGAGAUGCCCGGCAUGAGCAUGCCCGCCCAUCCCCAUCCCUCCUACGGCUCGCCGGCCGAGCUGCCCAAGCAUAUCAGCGCCAUCGGGGGCAAGCAGUCCAAGAUGGAGGUCAUGGAGCUGUCCGACCUGCACCACCCCAACUGCAAGAUCAACCGCAAGGUCAACAGCGGCGGGGAGCUGGGCCUGGGCGACGGGUGUCGCCGGGAGAGCGAGUCCUCCGACUCCAUCCUGCUCUCCCCGGAGGCCAGCAAGGCCACCGAGGCCGUGGAGUUCAUCGCCGAGCACUUGCGGAACGAGGAUCUCUAUAUUCAGACCCGCGAAGACUGGAAGUACGUGGCCAUGGUGAUCGAUCGCUUGCAGCUGUACAUCUUCUUCAUUGUGACCACCGCCGGAACGGUGGGCAUUCUGAUGGAUGCCCCGCAUAUUUUCGAGUACGUGGAUCAGGACCGGAUCAUCGAGAUUUACAGGGGAAAGUAAGCUAGUGAGGACUUGGAGCAGCCGGGGGCUGAUUGAAAUGGUUAACAGCAUUGCAAACGCAACAAUAAUAAGCAAACGAGAUAUUGACACAGAGGAGAACAAUGAAAAAUUGCCACAAUUAAUGCGGAUUUUUAGAUUUUAAUAAUUCAAGAACACUAAACGAUACUUGCUUGAGCAGCAUUAACACCUAAAAUAACUAACUAAUAUUAACUCUUUUUGGUAAACACACGAAUUGGAACACUGAAAAAAACACACACUAAACAGUCGUCAAGUAAAACGAAUAAGCAAAUACAUAAUAAUUCACCAGCAGCAACAAAUGUUAAACAGAUAAAUCAAAACAACAACCUAGUGGAAUUGUGAGUAAAUUUAUAAUUUUUAAAACGAACUUAGCUAAUAUAGACAUAUAGAAUGAAGUUUAGUUUAAGAGCAAUAAAUGAAUUCCCAAAAA